ACGAAUACGUUGUACAUGGGCCUGGGCCUCAAGUGCAACCACAGGCGAAGCCACGUCGGGCGUGUCAAAUUGUGGUCCAUUACUCGACCAGAAAAUCCCCCCCAAAAAAAUCAGAAAAAUCUACUACUAGAACCUUCCUGGCUUCGUCGAAGCCCACGAAAUCCAACUACCGAGCCAUCUCACGGGACGGGAGAAUCGCCGGAAUCGGCGCGAUUCUCCGGGCACGAAUCGGGCCGAGAAAUCCCGGGUGCGCGCUGCGUCGAAGCGGCGCGGCGAGAGGGGAGGGGAAUGUGGUGGGAGUGGGAGGAGGACGGCGAGGAGGCGGCGCGGCCGGGGGAGGAGGUCCCCGUCGACUUCGACUUCAUCUCCCUCCUCUGCAAGCCCAAGGAUUACUACAAGAUUCUGGAAGUGGGAUAUGAUGCGUCGGAAGAGGCGAUCAGGUCGAGCUAUAUACGUCUUGCACUGAAGUGGCACCCUGACAAGAAGCAGGGCGAAGAAAAUGCAACCUCCAGAUUUCAGGAGAUUAAUGAAGCAUACCAAGUGCUCAGUAAUCCAGCCAAAAGGCGAGAGUAUGACAAGAAAGGCAUUCUUUAUGUUCAAGAUCAUAAUGUAGUGGACUAUCUGAACCGGCACAAAGGUUUAAUCCUUACUUGCAAUGGCCUUGGCAUAAGGCAUUCAGUAUGGUGAUCUUACUCAGGGGUACUACAGUCUGCAUCCAUCUGCUGUCUUUGGAUGGUGUGUGUCAUUGUAAAAUCUCAUGUAAUCUGCAAAAUGUAGCACGGUCAUGCGGACCUGCCACUUUUGGGAGGAAAUGAUGACGCUGAGUUCAUCCUGGUAUCCUACAACAUAGAUGAUUCUUAUUUGGUGAUCAGUUGUUGUAGAUUGCACGAAGCAAGAGUUCUAAGUUACACAUACAUGUCGCCCCUUUGUGUAACAUACUAACAUACCAUAUGAAAUGCCAGCACGCACUUCAAAAUAUCUUGUUAGUUA